CAACAACACUCGCAUUACAUACCAACCUACCACCUGCGACUUGGCAUAUCCUCGCGAGGAAAAUUGUAGACCCUUCGCUCGUUAGAAUCGACUCUAAUUUUAUUGUCUUUUGUAAAGACCUUUGUAUUACUUGAACUCAUCAUGACUGCUGGAGCUCCCCCGAACUACUAUGCCAUUCUCGAGGUUUCUGAUACUGCGACCACUCAGCAAAUCCGAGAUGCUUACAAGCGCGCUGCCCUAAAGACGCACCCUGACCGCGUCUCCAAUGACUCCCCAGAGCGAGCCGAACGGACACGAAAGUUCCAGCUCGUCAACGACGCCUAUUACACACUCUCUGACCCUGUACGCCGUCGCGAGUAUGAUGCUCAGCGCAAACUCUUCAACACCAGCACCCCUUCAGAUCCCUUCGAGGACAUUCCUGAGACGGAAACUGAGGGUGGCGCCGCGCCGCGACAGAGCCCUUAUUCCUGGGCAUGGAACUUCUUCACCAACCAAGGCCAAGCCCCUGCUCAGGAUCGCGAGCAAACUGAGGAUGCGCAGUUUAGUGAUGUAUUCGAGGAGAUGAUGCGCGAGGAGGGCAUGGCCGAGGGCAGGGAUAACCACCCCACUGGCAAGUUCUGGAGUAUGGUGGGUGGUGUCAGCGGCGGCGCUCUGGGGUUCAUCGUAGCCAAUGUGCCAGGUCUUGUCGCAGGAGCCGUUGCGGGGAACAGACUAGGAGCUGUCCGCGAUGCGAAGGGUAAGAGUGUCUACGCUGUAUUUCAGGAGCUUCCCCAGGACGACAAGUCAAGGCUGCUCAGCCAGUUGGCAGCCAAGGUUUUCAGUCAUGCUGUUGGUAUUUAAGGUCGAGAACCUGGAACGGAUCAAGGCUGGGUUUAUUGGGCGCUCUCGGAGUUGGGGUCAGUAUCGGCAAACAGACGAUUUUUAAUGAGCCGAUGGAAGUUAGUACCUAAGUAGUUUCUCAGGAAUACACGUAUACAAUCGAUAAUAAAGAUUCACUGCG